UGACACUUCCGGGUGGUUGUCAGUGACGCUCUCGAGCUGUCGUCAGGGUCUUCCAAGCAGGUUCCCUGGCUGGAUCCGGACUCGCGGGCCAAGCUCCUGCUAGCACCGCGCCGAAGGUUGGGAGACUGGUGUGCUUUGUAUGUUUUGGCAAAAAGCUGCUGAAGACACUGACGAAAAGGCAGCUCUUCUACUGACACCUUAGAAGGAAAUAAGUUACCACCUACGUUAGGAUUAGAAGACCAGCUCGUUCUUAGAAUCUUCUGAAACAAAAUUAGGAUGGAUUGGGGAGAUGAAUAUCCCCACAAUUCUUUUGACCUACAUUGUUUGUUAAAUUCAUUUCCUGGAGACUUGGAGUUUAAGCAGAUCUUCAGUGACAUUGAUGAAAAGAUAGAACAAAAUGCUAGAAGCAUAGAACAUUGCAUUAAAGAAAUACAGUCUGAAGUUAACAAACAGUGUCCAGAUGUACAGCUGCGAACGACGACUGACUGUUUUGAAUGGCUAAAUAAUUAUAAUUCAUCCAAAUCACCAUCCAUUCCCCAUGGAGAUUUGAUAAAAUUUCUCAAAAUACUGCGAGAUUUGUUGAAGAAUGAACAAAAUCAAGAAGAAAUGGUGUUGAAUUUACUUUGGGACCUCUCCUGCCAGAGCAGUGUUUCAUUCCCAUCCACUGUAAGUGGAGCAUCUUUUCAUUUCCUCUCUAGGACUUCUCUUCACUCUGUUGAAGAUCAUUCCUCAAUGGAUGUAAAGUCUGUGUGGGAUGAUAUAAGACUACAUCUUCGACGCUUCUUAGUGAACAAAUUACAAAGCCACAAUGAAAUAAACAAUUCACAGCAAAAAAUUUUGUUGAAAAAUCAGUGCAUACAGCAACUCUUAUUUCUUUAUCCAGAAUCAGAAGUUACAAGCAAGUACCAAAGCAUACAGAAUAAACUGUUGACCAAACUUCUGCAGAACUGUUUUCCUUCUUUUAGCAGAGAAUCAAAUUUAGACAUAAUGGCUGAUAGAUACCAAGGUACAAUGCUUAAGUUAUACUCAAUGAUAAAAGAGGAUUUUAACACACUACAUGAAAUUUUAGCUCCAUCCUCAACAGUGAAAUUCAUUAAAGAAACUUACCUGGCAACUGUUACAGAAGAAAUGGCAAAAUUUCUUGAAAAUUUUUGUGAGCUGCAGUUCAAAGAAAGUGCUGUCCGUGUGGUUAAAACAAGCAAGAGCUCCAGCAGGCAUAGAGGAACAGUGCAUGCUUUGGUUAUUCCUGAAUACCCACAGAAAGGAAGAAACUUCUUCCUCUCCUUAGAUGAACUCAAGUUCUUAUCACAGCUAGUAAAAUCAUUUUUGAAGUUGGAAAAAAAUGUUGAGGAGUUGUUUGAAGAAAUGUUCUUAUGGCUCCGGAUACCCAGGAAUACUUCAGGAAUUUUGGAGACAUCCAAUAGAGAAGUUGUAGUAGAGAAACCUAGAACAAAUGAGACCAGUAUUACUUCAGAGCAACUGCUACCAGUAACAGAGGCUACUUUAUUAGAUUUUGGCUGGAGAAGUGCAUUUAAAAAAGUAUCUCUUCCCAUGGCACAUAGUAUAACAACAGCCAUUGAAGAUUUUUCUGCAAAAAUUCUCCAACAGGAACAGAAUGAAAGGUUUUCAACUGUCAGCUAUGCUUUGGACCUUGUAAAUGUCCUGCCAGUUUGGCAAGAUAGCUAUGUGGUUCCUGAAGCAGACCAACCAAAGAAAAUUGCAAAGUUUUGUUCUGACAUCAUGGAAAAACUUGACAUAAUGCUUCCACUGGCUCUGGCAUGCAGAGAUGAUUCUUUUCAGGAAAUUAGAGCAAACUUUGUGGAGGCCUGUUGUAAAGUGGCAACAGCUGUCCUGGCCAGACUGCAGGAGAGAAGCAAGGAGUUUCCCUCCAAAGCACCCCUGAAAAACCUGCACACCCUGCUCUCCACGGCUGUGUAUGUCUUCCAGCGUUUUAUGCAAUAUGAUCAUGUGAUGAAAGAAAAUGCUAAGAAACCCAUAUUCCUGGUGCCUAUCCAGCGAUACCAGGAAUUCAUCAACAGUCUGCAGUUUCAGGUUACGGACUACUGCGUCAGAGUUUGUGCUACAAGCAUUUUACAGGACGCUGAGAGCCACCAUUGGGAUGACUACAAAGCUUUUUAUGAGGGGGAAAGAUGCUCCUUCUCGCUCCAGAUGUGGCAUUAUUUCUUCUGGGCACUUCAUCACGAUCUCUGGACCAUCCUGCCCCCUAAAUUAGCCCAGGAGAUACUAGCAGAAGUUCUGGAGAAGUCUUUGGGUCUCCUGGCCUCCAGAUAUGCCCAGGCCCAUCCCAGUUAUAAGAGAACCCUACAGAUAAGACUUGAUGUCACAACAAUUUUAAUUUGCACUGAGAACAUGUUAUGGUCAGUUUGCACAUCUGUACAGAAGCUUUUGAAUCCUCAUGCAUAUGUAGAUGAUAAAAUUUUUAAAAUUCAUACCCACUGUAAUAAUCUCUUCACAACAUUAGUUAUUUUGACUUCACCAUUAACACAAUUACACCAGACUUUUCAGCAUGGCCUGGGCGAUUCUUCUUCAGAUGCCUUGAAGCCAAUUUUCAAGCAACCAUUACAUUGGCUUUCCUGCAUAUCCCAUUUCUACCCUUCUUUACUCAGGACUCCAUCAGCUGGACGACUGACAGCCGAGGGUCAACUGAAACUGCUCUUAUCCCAGCCAGGUUGUAAUUGGAACCUGCUUCUGGAAACCCUACUGCAUCACGAUGGUCUUUUACUAAGAAUCUUGCUAAAGAGCUCAAAAUGUACCUUUCAAGAACAAGGUUCCAAUACAGAAAAUAAUCUGAACCAAGGAUCCAGUUUGAUAGAAGCUGUCUUUCAAGUAUUGUACCGCUGCACUUUCUCUCCACAAACGUUUGGAAAUGUCUUUGUGAGUUACAUGGAAGAAGAACAAUUAUGGGACUUGUUAUACAACAUUCCAGCCUCAACACGCAGAGAGUCCGAGGUGGCGGUCGUCCGAUGCCUGAGACUGGCACUGACGGACGCCGUCAAGGACGUUGUGCAGCAGGUCGUGUCUGUGAUGAGCUCUGGGAGCAGCUGUGAGACGAACCUGAACAAGCACAGCGUUCCUGAAGGUCUGCGUGAGAGCAUUCCGAAAGAAUGGAAUUACAUUCCAAAAGAAACCAAAAGGAAAGAAUCAAGCGAAGGCUUCACAAGGCUUGCUGCUCAGGCAGUAUCUAUUGUAAUCAGCAAGUUACCUACAGUGAUUGCAUGCUUGCCUCCCCCAAUUAAAUACUUCUUUUUUCUGUCUGAGAGAAAAAUGUCAGAAAACUUCGUUGAAUUGAAGAAAGCUGGCCUGCUUGUCUGGAACUUGAUUGUAAUUAUAUGUCGGAUAUUUGAGGAUGGAAACACUGUUGAACUUUUAACAGGUGCCUCCCUUGACAGAUGGAGUAAAGAGAAACUCGGUUUAGUCUGUGUGUGUUUGAAAAGCAUCACGGGAGAGCAGACGAGUAGCCCUAAUCAAAUGACCCAAAAGGUUAUACGGAGCAUCGAGCAGCAGAAACCCAAAUGGGUUGAAUGCCAGUUGUUGAGAGCAAGGAAACUGAGCACCGAAUGUGCAUUUAUGACAAUAGAGAAAAGCACAGCCUUAGAAGAAGGAGAUAUCGCUCUUGAACUGACUGAGCAGAAAAUAAACAUGAUGGUCCUGGAUAUCUGCCACAAACCAGGUGGCAGCGAAUACCUGAGGCAAAUUUAUCACAUCAUGCGGCUCAAUGAGGUAUAUUUAAAAGAACAGCUGUUUUCUAUGAAUGGUUCAGAGGAAAAGCCAUUACCCAUCCAACCUUUAAAGACGACCUUGAGGAGUGUGGAAGAUCAGCCCUCUGCUUUUAACCCUUUCCGUGUGUACAAAGAGUUCAGUAAAAGCAUGCUUGAUCAGUCAGCCAUCACCAAAUGGAACUGGAAUUGGUCAAACUUGCUGCCAAAUUAUCUGGGACUGGAUAAGAUGACCUUCAGUGUACUGCUCAAAAACAGGGGACACCUACUAUGUGCCAAACACUAUCUGAGGAGCCACAUGAACAAGAGGCGGUGAAACAAGAUAAAAUCACUUCUGCUGUGGACUGUACAUCCCAGAGGAGGGAAGCGAGACCAUGAAUAACUCAAUAAGUAAAUAAGCAAGGAAAGAAGAAAGCAAAGUAUUAGAAAGAAAGCAAAAUAAUAUUCAGAGCAUGAUGAAGAAGGAGCUUCUUUAGACAGGAGUUGUAAAGAAAGGCCCUUCUGAGGAGGAAGCAUUUUUUUGAGACUUUAGCCAUGAGACGAGCUUUCCAAGCAAAGAGAAUACCAAGUGCCAAAGAACUGGGGGUGGGAAAAAGCCUGGCACGUAUGAGAAACAGAAAGAAGCAAGUUUGGCUUCACGGGUGUGCAACCUGGGUGGUUCCACAGGUUUCCAUGAUGGAAGAGCCCAGUUUAAUACUCUCUUAGCAUCACCAUGAAAUUCAUUAUCAUUUUGUAACAAGGGAUCUCCCAUUAUUCCUACAAAUUACAUAGCCAGUCCUGGAAAGAAGGUUAAUAGAGUUGAAGGGUGUGUGUGUGCUUUGGUUGGGUGGGGGUGGAUGUGCAUUAAAAAAUAAGGCCAGUAAGUGAUAAUUAUGGGCAUGUGUGGUACUGGCACCAGUUGAGUUUUUGAAAGAUUAGUUGCACCUAACAAUACAGUCAUUUUUGUUUGAUAGGUAGAAAAUGGAAACACUAUUUUUCAUCUAUGUUUAGCCAAAUCCUCCAUACAGAUGAUAAAUUCCUUAAGGGUAAUGUUGGUCUCUUCUGUGUAUUGUGUACACUUCACAGCACCAUGUGAUCAGAUAUUCCACAAAUACUAAUUGCAGCCAAAAGGAAUUUGUAUUCUCUUUUAACCUGGUAGGGCUUCUUUUGAGGAAAAAAGAGGGGCACAUUUAGUGUUCAGAUUUGAAUUCUUGCUUUCUUCUCAUAGUUACAUUGUAGUACCAAAUCUGCCUGACCAUUUUAACAAUUAGGUCAAAUCAUAUAAAACUUCUGAUAUUCGACCAUUUUUUUGACCUAGAGAAUGGCAAUUUCCAUGGCUCACAGAAGAUUGACAUUGCAGGUUUAUUUAAGAAAAUAAAACGCAAGUCUUCCGAGCAUCUUUGUAACCCCUGCUGGAUUUAUGUAACAGAGGGAGAAACAACGAGAACAGGGCUGUUCAUUAGCACACCGUGCUGAGCAGUGCCGUCAGGCCCGCACCCAUGGGCCUCCUUAGAGGGAAAUCCAUGUUGCAGCAAAGCCUUUCUGCCAGUCAGCAACUCCCCACCCGCCAAUAAUGGAGACCAUGGCUUGAGACCCACUUCUACUACAUUCUGCAUUACAGCAAGUGAUGAGUUGCCGGGAGUUACUGUGUGAGUGGCCCAAGUCCAUGCCAUGGCUCAGAGGCGCAGCAGGCCAAAGGGCUCGGGUCUACGCACUGUUGUUGACUGAUAACCCUUCCAGUUGGCAAAUCUAUUUCCAUUUGUUGAUGGCCAUGGUGACUUACCCAGUGAUUACCAAUGACAUUAUGGGAUCAUGGCAACAGAAUUUUGCCAGCAGGGGGUUAUAUCAGGAUUUCUCUGAUUAGGAGAGAGGUGAUUUUAGAAUUCAAACGAGGCAAUGAAUGACAAAUUCUCAAAAAACCUUCUGCGUAGAGGCUUUUGUGGUUUGCUUCUUAACUUUUCCUUUGAAAGGGUUCUUGGUUCUAAAUAAGCAUGGUCAAGCUGCUUCUUCCCCAGUGCUCUUACAUUUUAGCAGUACACUAAAAUCCAUUCAUUUAUGGAUUUUAUAUUUCCACUUGCAUGUUCUUUUUCUUGUGCUUUUUGCUUUCUUCCCUUUCUCAAAAUCUUCUACUCUUUGAACAUUUCAAACCUAUCUAUCUAUACAUUCCUGAAGUCAGUAGUGGGAUUAGGAAAUAUGGUAUUAGUAACCUAGAGAAAAUGAAAAACUCCUAAGACAGUUUGCCUUACCUCAAAAACACUUCUUAAAUGUUUUCAUGAUCCCCCUUUCUAUUAUCCCCAUUACUGGUCAUAGCCUUCUGCGGAGGGUGACUACAUAAUAUCUAUUUAUCCCCAGAACUCUGGGAUACAAGCAUGUGUUUGAUUCCCCCCCUCUAAACUCAAGCUACUCACAACCUCCAAAUAAAAAGUGAUUAAAAAAUUCCAACCAUUUAGAUAUUGAAAUCUGUAUAGUUUUCCUUUUGAACUUUACACUGGUGUUAGAAAUACUCCUCAAAUGAAUGAAUGAUCUCAAAGAACUUACACAGAGAUUUUUUUAAAUGUUCAAAGCAGGUACUCAUAAUCUGGUCCUGGGGAGUCAAGGAAGGCUUCCUGACAUGUUAGCUGAAAUUAAACCUAUUUAAGAGUCUGCACAUGCCUCCUUUCUCCCUAGAUCCAUGCAACCCUAAAUAAAAGGCUGAUAUACUUCAAGAUUGCUUUCCACAGAGCACCAUGCCCUGACCAGCAUUUACUUCUUUCUGUUUUCCUUUUCCAAAGAACCUGUUCUCUUCUCUGGCUACAAAGGGCUUGUUUAAACCUUUCAUGCUACUUUAUUAUUAAGCAAAGGUUGCAUGUUCUGUGGUUGAUUGCAAGUUGUAAAUAACAUGAUAAACAGUCAAGUGCAAGGUUAACUUUUAGAGACAAAGUACACUUAGGCCAAAGGAAUGACUCUCUAAGAGUAGGAAUUUCAGCAACUAUGGCAGGUGAAACAGUAUGAACACUAUGAAAAGGCAAAAUGAUAGGAUACUGAAAGGAGAACUCCCGGGUCGGAAGGUGCCCAAUAUGCUACUGGAGAUCAGUGGAGAAAUAACUCCAGAAAGAAUGAAAGG